AUGGACUCUCCUCCUCCUCGCCACCAGACCAAACAGAUCAUCCUCGUACACGGUCCCAUCAUCAUAGGAGCCGGUCCAUCCGGUCUCGCCACGUCAGCAUGUCUCUCAAACCGUGGAGUCCCUUCUUUGAUCCUCGAACGUUCAGACUCAAUAGCAUCUCUAUGGAAGUCCAAAACCUACGACCGACUCAAACUCCAUCUCCCAAAACACUUUUGCAAAUUACCUCUCUUGGACUUCCCUGAAAAUUUCCCAAAAUACCCUUCUAAAAACGAGUUCUUGGAUUACCUUGAGUCAUACGCUUCACACUUUCGCAUCGUCCCUAGGUUCAACGAGAACGUCCAAAACGCUGCUUUCGAUACGUCAACCGGUUUAUGGAGAGUAAAGACUCUAAACAAGACAGAGUAUCUCUCGAAAUGGCUUAUUGUGGCGACGGGAGAGAACGCAGAUGCUUGCGUCCCGGAAAUUCCGGGGAGAGUCGAGUUUUCCGGUGGAAAAAUCAUCCACGCAAGUGAAUAUAGAAGCGGCGAAGAGUUCCGACAACAAAAAGUUUUGGUCGUGGGAUGUGGAAACUCCGGGAUGGAGAUUAGUUUGGAUCUUGUUCGACAUAAGGCUUCUCCUCAUCUUGUUGUCCGAAACACCGUUCAUGUGUUGCCAAGGGAGAUAUUUGGGCUAUCAACGUUUGGAGUUGGGAUGACACUUCUCAAAUGUUUACCAUUAAGGCUUGUUGAUAAGUUCUUGUUACUGAUGGCUAAUCUUUCGUUUGGAAAUACCGACCGGUUAGGCAUACGCCGACCAAAAACCGGUCCGCUUGAGUUAAAGAAUGUCACUGGGAAAAGUCCGGUUCUCGACGUUGGAGCUAUGUCUCUUAUCAGAUCUGGAAAAAUUCAGAUAAUGGAAGGUGUAAAGGAAAUUACAAAAAAUGGAGCAAAGUUUAUGGAUGGUCAAGAAAAGGAAUUUGACUCUAUCAUAUUUGCCACUGGUUACAAAAGUAACGUGCCUACUUGGCUUCAGGGAAGUGAUUUUUUUACGAAGGAAGGGAUGCCAAAAACACCGUUUCCUAACGGGUGGAGAGGAGGGAAAGGACUGUACACGGUUGGGUUUACUAGGAGAGGACUCCUUGGUACAGCGUCUGACGCCGUUAAAAUCGCUGGGGAAAUAGCUGACCAAUGGAGAGACGAGAUCAAGGGGCCCAUCAAGAACAUGUGCAGCUCUCGUUUUGUCCUAAUCUCUAAAUCCUAAUUUGUGUGUUGUAAGAUAAAGAUUUACUACCUAAUUUUGCAUGUUGUAAAUUGAAGAAAUAAACUUUUUACAGAUGUGGUUAAUUAACUAGGUUAGUUAAUAAUGUCUCUUCUUGUCCGUAACAAAAUAAAGGAGUGUUU